AAAUGAGUUUUUCUUGGUCUUCCUUAUUUAAUAAUAAUAAUUAAUCUUAAAAAUAUUUAAGCAUAGCAUCUACGUAUGAGGUUGCAAGUGAUUUGUGUGUGCUUGGGAUAGAGAUAUACAUAAACAGGCCAAGGUCCUCUUUUCUCUUCAUUUUGUGGUGGUCAAGAGGGUUUGUUCCAUACAAGAAAACCUAGAAUUUUUUCAACGAAGAACAAGAUACAGCCUUCACAACUUCAGAGACACCCAAAUCUUCUCUCUACUUCUGUCUCUCUGUUCUUCUCCUUUCUUUUCUUUUCCUUUUCACACACCUCUUAUCUUCAUCAUCUUAUCUUUAUCUUUUCGUAAUCGGCGAUGGAUCCAUAUUAUAUGGUUUCUUCAAUCAUCGAGCUUCGCAAAGGAUUUGGGUAAUAAGAGCUGCAAUUUGCUGCUUCAGUUUCAGAGUGUUAUAUUAUAUGCCCUUAGAUUCCUUUCUGUUUAUUGACCUUGAAGAAUAAUGAGCUUGUCCAAUCAAGGGGCUUCCGCCAUUGACAAAAAGCUCAUCACAACAGGGAAAACAAUACGUUUAAAUCCAGAUGCAGCAGAAUUUGUUCCAUUUGCUCUAAGAUCACCUUCUGCAAGUGUUGCUGCUCCUGAUGCAUCUUCAAGUUUUGGUAAUUUUGGUGCUACAACACCAGGGAAAGCAGUACUAGACAGAUCAGAGUCAUCUGUAUCAAAUAAUUCAGAUGAUGAGGCUCACCAAUACUGGCGUCAUCAGCUACCUGAUGACAUCACUCCCGAUUUCAAUGUUGCAGGAGAAGAAGAUCCUCAAGGAAUCAAUACACUUCCUUUCUCAACCUUAUCUUUAGCAGAUGUCAAUGAGACAAACGGAAGUAGCUUUACCAAAAAGAUGGGCUAUCCCAUUUCAUCUUCCUCAGCUAGCUUUCAACCUGCUAAACCCUGGGACAUUCAUGGUGAUCAGCUGCACAAUGGGCCUUCCUACAAUGGUGAUCCUGUCCAUGGGUACCUAGAUGAUAUGCUUAAUGAGCAACAGAUGGAAGGCACAGAAGUAAACCCUCUUGAGUUUCUGGCUUCCCAGUUUGCAGGUUUUGCAGCUGAAAGUCUUGCAGAUGUUUAUUUUGCAAAUGGAGGUGACUUGAAUUUGACAAUUGAGAUGCUUACUCAGCUUGAGCUUCAAGUAGAUGGUGGUGGUUUAAAUCAGAAUCUAAACUCAAAAGCUCUAUCUUCUCCAAAUCUUAGUGCUAUGGAUUUUCCUGCACUUUCUCCUACAGAUGAUCAAAAUGGUGGUGCUCCACUUCCAUCUGGUGGUGCUACAGAUUUUGCUUCUGCUGUUAGAAAAAUGGCUUCACAGGACUCAAGCAUAUGGAAAUAUAACAGAAACCCUUCUCAAGAUUCCACCAUUGGAUCAAGUAGAAGCUCUCAUGUCUUGGCCAGUGCUUAUAAUAAUGGUGGUCAUGGAAGGGUUGGUUAUGGAGAUAGAUUGGGUGGCCGGAGUUCAAACCGCUCAGCCCCUGUUUGGCUUGAAACUGGAGAUGCUGUUGCAAAUAUGUAUUCUGAGAUGCGUGGUGAAGCUCGUGAUCAUGCACGUCUACGAAAUGCAUACUUUGAACAGGCUAGACAAGCUUACCUUGUUGGAUACAAGGCUUUAGCAAAGGAACUAAGUGUGAAGGGUCAGCUACACAACAUGCAAAUGAAGGCUGCUCAUGGAAAAGCUCAAGAAUCCAUAUAUCGUCAAAGGAAUCCAGUGAGUCCAAGUAUGCAAGGAAGAGGGGGAGGAGGAGGAUCACAGGAAAGGCUGAUAGACCUUCACGGGCUGCAUGUCACAGAAGCAAUCCAUGUCCUGAAACGAGAUCUCACAAUGCUUAGAAACGUUGCCAGCCUGGGCUCCUUAGGGUCCUGCUGUAUUGAAGACAACACCAGCCACCAGGAGGGAGGAUUCGUUGCUUAUUUUUUGUUAACUCAACUCAACUGUACUAUUUUUCCAAAACUUAGUCAUUUGUUCUUUGGAAUCGUGUUGAAAGUGGUUAUCUUAUUAAUCAUAUUUGAAAAAAGGAGAAAAGAGAGCCUUGUAGUGCAAAUAAGUUUGAUUCAAGAAAGAUCCAACCAUUUAAGCAUCUCGAGGACCUUUGUGGUUCGUGAGACUGAUCCUUGCAUGUUUGAGCGUGUACCUGUGUUUCAUCAGUUUUCAGUUCAGCGACACAAACACAGACGCCUCCAUUGUGCUGCUUCUCUCGAUCGUUGGCUCCUCAAGCGACGAGUCCUCCCCUGCUCGCCGCCGUUAACCGGCGCCUCCCCUGUGAAGCCACCGGCCGGUGACCGUCUCCCCCCACAGCUACACCGGAGACUUCGACCUCACAGCUACAGACUUCUUCUUUGUCUCCAAAACCACCACAACACCACAGUUGCCUCCACAAUCACCACCUUCUUUAGUGGGUGA